CAUCACCGCCGAGCAAUCGAGAAAGCUCGCUGCCCCUCCGGCCUCCGCCACCCGCUCGCGGCAUGCCGGGGGAGAAGCAAAGCAAAGCGAGCGCCGCCUGUAAUCGAGAGAGAUCGAGUGAGAAGCGCAAGAGCAGAGGCAUCGCGUGCGCGCGGCGAUGGAGAGGGACGUCGUGGUCUCCGACCCAGCGGCCGCCGGGUCCUCGUCCUCGCCGUCCGCCUCCUCCUUCGCCGAUACCAGGGUCAUCUGUCGCGUGUGCCAGAAGCAGUUCGCGCAGUACACCUGCCCCCGCUGCAACUCCCGGUACUGCUCGCUCCCGUGCUACAAGGCGCAUAGCCUUCAAUGCACUGAAUCCUUCAUGCGUGAGAAUGUUAUGGAUGAGCUUAAGCAGAUGCAACCUGAAGAUGAAUCAAAGAAAAAGAUGCUAGAUAUCCUUAAGCGGCUCCACUUGGAAGAAGAGAUGGAGUCCGAUGGUGAAGAUGAGUCAAUGUUAUCGGAGGAGCUUAUUCAAAAAGUCAUGUCUGGGGAAGAAAUAAAGAUCGAAGAUCUCUCUGAUGAUGAAGUCAAACGAUUUCGACAAGCUCUGGCCUCAGGUGAACUCAGCAAGAUGAUUGAACCAUGGACACCAUGGUGGAAAAAGCCGUCUGCUAGAAUGAUAACCCUUAGCCCUGAUGGAAGCCAGCUUGUCAGACAAGUGAGGGAAGAAGACACUGCCACAUCAGGUCCGAUGACUGACCAAGAGCCUAGCAUCAAUGAAAUCCCAGAAGGGCCAGAAGCUCCUCUCCCAGCGCUGAAACAGCUAACAAGGGCAGAGCCAUCGCCUCUGCUUGCCGUUCACUUGGUCGACAUUUUGUACAGUUACUGCUUCACACUUCGGCUCUACAACGGUGAUUGGCACUCUGAUCCAUUGGGUGCUUGCACUGUUGCCCUGUCAAUGUCUAAAGUCAUGGGGGAGGACGCUAAGCCUGAGACAGUACCUGAAGCACUGAGGGCUUGCAUAGAGGAGACAUGCUCACCUGCUUACAGGCACACGGGGGGUUUCAGGUUUGCUAUCGGGCUUCUGGAUGAUAUCGUCUCCAUUCUGUCCUUGGGACACAACGUGCUUGUCUGCGCGCUAAGUGACUUCCAUCGACUCAUUGAAGCUGGUAAGAGCAUGCUCAAGGCGGAGAAAGUGGGCAAGAUGGAGAGCACGCAGAGCUCUUCGAAGCUUCGUGGUGCAGCUAGGAAGCUAUUCUUCAUGACUUGUUGGGUCCAUGAGCAGCCGGAAGAGGCUUGGCCGUCUUUAGCUCGCAUCGUCGAAGUACAGAAAGUAUCUCUCGAGGAGUUGGGCACUAGGAAUCGGAAGGCCGAAAUAAAGAGCAAGCAGCAACCCAAGGUUCUUAUCGAGGAGCUGUAGGCAUGUGGAUUUACUGCUAGAUUGCAACGCUGUGUACCCUUCGUAUCUCGCAGGCUGAAUCCAUCCAACGAGUUCCCCUUGUAAUGCGGUGGUUUGUGCAUACACUCUAAUUUUGUUGAAGGAAUUUGUAUACAUAUCUGACAUCCUGUUUAAAGUGAUCCUAACCAAUGCAUUAAGUUU